AUGGCUUCUAGCACUUUGAUGAAACCUCAGAUGCAUGGCCUCCUGGCCAGGUGUCUGCGGUUUCAUAUUGUCGGAGCAUUCAUUUUAUCCCUGGGGGUUGCAGCUUUGUGUAAGUUUGCUGUGGCUGAAUCAAGAAAGAAGGCAUAUGCAGAUUUGUGCAGAAAUUACGAUUCUAUGAAAGAUUUUAAGGAGAUGAGGGAGGCUGGUAUCUUUCAGAGUGCAAAGUGA